AGAGCUUCGGGAGCCCGACGCCGGUUGAGUGGAAUGUACCACUGUUGCUGAGAAACGGGGGUCCAAGAGUUUCUCAUAGAUGGGAGGAAAACAAACAAACAAAAAAACGCAUGACAAAUUUGAAGGGAGCGGAAAUAUCGGGACACGAACCGACCAACAAUAGGACUUGUUGGCCGCGCUGGUGGACGUGGGUAGAAAAGGGGCCGCUCCAACGUGUUGGGCGCCCCCCCCCUCCCCUCCUUCCUUUUUAAAUGAGCUCACCCGGGAACUCUUCUGCCGCUCAGCCGCCGUCCUCCGAAGACUUCUCCCGCAAAUGCAGCAGGUAGGACCGCCAGUACUUUGAAAUGAACAUUGUCGAAGAUGCUUCUCACAUACCCGACUACUGUACUCCCAAUUCACGCGUCAUGUAUUUCAAUUGUGUGUUUAUCUUUGCUUUAUUAAGAAGCAUCAUCCAAAGGUUUCGCGCAUGAAGGCUGCCGGAAAUCGCGUACGCGUUUGUUCAUACAGUAUUCCCGCUGUAGAAGAACUUUGUGUGUCCCUCCCGACUUUAGGGCCACGGCCCGACUGACUUUCGACUCUGCCGUGAAUGUGAGCAUGUGGAGCAAAGGCGCGGACUUCGGCGCCCGCCCGGAUGGACGCGCCGCCGCCGGGCAGCUCCGUUCUUGUGAGCGCCAUCCCAGUCGGGCAAAAUCCCGAGAUGCCUUCCUGGAAAAAGGCAGCCGGAUGAACGGGACCGCGUCCGAGAGUUUUUCCCAUGGCGGCGGCGGCGGGUCGCACGCAUGCCCCGCGGCCGAACCGAGCGGCCAUCGAGCGAAGCGAGCCCGGGUGGAGAAGAUCAUAAGAGGCAUGACCGGCUCGCCAGUCGGGGAGAUGAAACGAGACCCCGCGCAAAGACCGCAGGUAAGCGAGAAGCGGUUUCUCACGGCAACUCUUCCGGAGGAGCGACAGCCGACGCGGAACUGCUCAUCAGACACGACUUGGAGGGAUGGCCCCUCUUCCGAGGAGUCUGAAAGCAUCUCAAGCGGAAGCUCCCCGGGGUUCGACAAGCGGACACAUCUUUCACUCACGGCCGGUGUUUUAAAGUACCAACUGGCCAGAGCUGUGACGAGUACCGGCGUCGAGUCCAUUUUCCAAAGCGUGCCGCGACGAGAGGGCCGGUGGCAAAAAGCGAGCGCCGAGUCAUCCCCAAACGCUCAUCGGCAGUCCUCGGGUGGCAAUGAGGUGCGGGUACCCGACGUUCAAACCGAGGCGCUUUCUCUGGUGGUACCGAGACACGGGGCGGACGGAUUCCACCGCCUGCCGUCGGGAGUGGAGCCGGAACCCGACCGGACUCGGAGUGCCGUCCGUCGCCGCGGCAAAGGAGGCGGCUCGGAGUUUGAAGCCAGGCAAGCCGAGGUGGAUGCGCCGCAGAAGUCGGCCAAAGUCCCAUCCCGGGUCAGGUCCGGAUCCCGGAGGAGCCCGGCGACGACUCACGUGACCGCUGCGGAGUCGACGGCCUCGGCGAGUGUUUGCUUCCCUCGUGUCAAGAUGGAGCCGGGAGGUCUUCUCCACGCUCAGCUUUACAGCCUCAAUGAGGCUCUGACCGCCGACCACCUGAAAAAAGCCAAGCUGAUGUUUUUCUACGCGCGCUAUCCAAGCUGGCGGGUGCUGAGGCUGUGCUUCCGUGACGUGCAGUUCACACGCCGCGGCGCCUCCCGGCUCAUCAAGUGGUUCAGUAACUUCCGCGAGUUCUACUACAUCCAGGUGGAGCGCUUUGCACGCCGCGCCUUGGCGGAGGGGGCGGCCGACGCGAGGGCGCUGUCUGUGGGCAGAGAGUCGCAACUUUUCAGAGUCCUCAAGGUGCACUACGACAAAGGCGGCCACUUCCAGGUCCCCGACGGCUUCCUUGAAGUGGCAGAACUUACGCUGCGGCAAUUCUACGCUGCCGUUUCCACGGGCAAGGACCGAGAUCCAUCGUGGAAGAAGGCCAUCUACAAGGUGAUCUGCAAGCUGGACGCCGACCUUCCGGCGCAAUUCAUGCCUUACGGAGCGGGAGAGCCUGCCGACGACUUGACGUCUGGGCUUCCGCAACGGCGCCGUUGGCUUACGCGGGCCUAUUGAGCCGCGAGGCGCUUUCCAUCGGGAGCAUCGACGGGCCCCUUCGAGUUUUGGAAAGAGGAACUGAAUGCAAAAGGACUCGUUCGUGAGAGCCCCAGGCAUGACAUAUGGGGGGGGGGGGACGACAAUGAUCGGGAU